AAGGCUCAGGACUUAACGUGGCAGAAGCCUGCACUACCGAUGUCAAAGGGUGCUCCACCUGCUCAGGCACCAAAGGUUCCUCCGCGUCCUCAACUGCCACAUGUUCUUCCGCCUCCUCUACCACCGCCAAAGUUUCCUCAACAUCCUCAAGCUCCAAAAGUCUCUCAACAUCCCUCCCUACCAAACUUACCUCAACAUCCUCAAGCGCCAAAGCUCCAACCAGCACCACCGCCAGUCUUUCCUCAACAUCCUCAAGCGCCAAAGCUCCGACCAGCACCACCGCCAAUGUUUCCUCAAUAUCCUAAACCUUUCCACGAUCAGUCUCCCCAGGAACCACGAGUCCCUACAGUGCCACAGAAAAUUUCCACUCACAAGGCAAGUGCACCACUGCAAACUCCUGUCCAGAGUUGUGAAGACACAAAACGUGAGAAUCCCAUGUGGAGGUCCUGAUAUAUCUGCUGCGGGAUGUGAAGCCAUAAAGUGCUGCUUUGAUGGCAGACAAUGCUACUUUGGAAAGGCAGUGACCGUUCAGUGCACCAAGGAUGCCCAGUUUAUUGUGGUAGUGGCCAAAGAUGCUACUCUUCCAAACAUUGACCUUGAGUCAAUCUCACUGUUGGAGGGGGGUCAAGGCUGUACACAUGUUGACUCUAAUUCAGACUUUGCCAUCUACCACUUUCCUGUUACUGCCUGUGGCUCCUUUGUUAUGGAAGAGCCUGGUGUUAUAAUCUAUGAGAACAGGAUGUCAUCCUCAUAUGAGGUAGGACUUGGGCCCCUCGGAGCUAUCACCAGGGACAGCUUCUACGAAUUGCAAUUCCGGUGUAGGUACAUUGGCACUUCUGUUGAAACUGUGGUUGCAGAAGUGUUACGCUUACAAGAUCCUCCUCUAUCAGUUGCUGCUCUGGGACCCAUCAGAGUACACCUGAGACUGGCUAAUGGGCAAUGUUAUACAAAGGGUUGUAAUGAAGAGGAUGUGGCCUAUAGCUCUUUCUAUACGGAGGCAGACUACCCUGUGAUCAAAGUACUGAGGGACCCCGUGUACGUGGAGGUUCAACUCAUUGAAAAGACAGAUCCAAACCUUGUGCUGACUCUAGGUCGCUGUUGGACCACCACAAGUCCCAAUCCUCACAGUCUGCCCCAGUGGGACAUUCUGACAGAUGGGUGUCCAUGGAUGAAUGAUCGCUACUUGUCCUCACUGGUUCCAGUCGGUCCCUCCUCUGGUCUGGAUUUCCCAAGUCAUUACAGGCGUUUCAUUUUCAAAAUGUUUACCUUUGUGGACGCCAACUCACUAGUGCCCCUGAAGGAGCAGGUGUACAUUCACUGUAGUACAGCUGUGUGCACUGCUGCACUGGGCCACUCCUGUGAGCCAUCAUGCUUCAGAAGAAAGAGAGAUGUGGAGACUGCAGACCAGAGCAAGGCUGGGCCAAAGGUUGUGGUUUCUGUUGGACCUGUGAUCAUGACCGACCCCAAGGAGCAACCAGCACAGAAUGUCUAGCUCAACAAUUUGCCUGAGAACAUUUAGUAAAACAUCUGUAGCAUU